ACACCGACAUUUCAAAACGGCAGCACCGCCUUGAGUAAAUUUGUGAUUUUCGCGCGCCCUGCAAACCCUGAAAGGCCAAAACCCUUCCCCUUACGCCAACCUCAAAUUAUCCUAACGUAACUGAGAAUUGAUUCAGGCACGAACAAUAACACACACGCUGCUUCCUCUUCUCUCGUCGUGCUGCAAUUGCUGGGGUUUUUUGGGGAGACGAGGAAGGAGCACAUUAUGGCUCUGGCGCAGCCAAUCGAACAAGUUCAAUGUUUCGGCCGUAAGGGGAUCGCCGUUGCCGUGACUCACUGCAAGCGCGGCUGUGGACUCAUCAAGAUCAAUGGCUGUCCGAUGAAACUCGUGCAGCUGGAGAUUCUCCGGCCGCUAGGAAAACACCGUUUCGCCGGUGUCGACAUGUGUAUUGCCAAAGCCAGCGUUGCUUUAGGUUGGUUCAAAAUUUCCCUCCUACUGGUUUCUCUGUGUUCGCGCUUUUCAUUUGCCCGCCCUCUCUGUUCUUGUCGUGUGGGUCCCGCUUGUUAUGGAAUCCAGAACAUUAGAUCAACAUUCAACAGUGAUUCGUCCUGCCGCACUUUGUCAUUUCCGCUCCUCCGUUGCUGAUCCGAAAUUUCCCUCUCGGCUCACCCAUUCUCCUUCGUGUUAUCGCCAGUGUUUUACGUGAGCAUGCUCAACCUGAAGAAUGACGACGAAGCGUUAUUUUCAGACUUUCUUUAAUUCUAUACCCUGGUGCUCGGACAAUUUACUCUUGCAGCUCAGUUGGAUAUCCUAUCCCUUAGACUGUUAGUUCAGAUAAAUUUGCUGUUACACUUAUUCAGAAACUGGCAAUUGAAUUUUGAUUUUCUAUAAUAUUCAUGAAGAGAAAGCACUACUUAG